AUGAGUGGCGGUCAGCCUGAACCUGAGGAGUCCUCUUCUGUUGCUCUUCCUCUCUGGUACAACAAACCAGUCCCGUGGAUCAAGAACACAGAUGCUGAUGCCGGUUUCUGCUCAACAGUCUGCACAGGGACCAUUAGAGAAACCCUUAAUUCAAUAUGGCAGUUCGGGACGAUGAUCCAGUGUGUCCAGCCGAACGUCAGCUCCAUCAUGUACAACCGCUACGGCUGCUACUGUGUCUACGGCGGCGGGGGAACUCCAGUGGACCAGCUGGACCAGUGCUGUCAAACCCAUGACCACUGCUACACCCGAAGCAUAAACCUCACAGGAUGCACAAACAUCACUGACUACCCCUACAGUGGAACCUACGCAUACACCUGCUCCAACCAGACGGUGACCUGCUCAGACAGCAACGACAAAUGCGAGGCCUUCGUGUGCGAGUGCGACCGCGCCGCGGCCUACUGCUUCGCUAACAGUCCAUUCAACACGGAGAACAGCCACCCAUUCAGGAGAGCGCACUGCCUGUACGAGACAGAAGAGCCCACCGCUGCUACGGAGACGGAGAAGCUUAAUGUGACGGACGACGGUUGAAUAUCGUAAAAAAAAAACGGUGUUGCUGCUUGUGUCUGACAUGACGAACACGUGACUCAGAGAACAAGAUACGGUGAAUGGGCAAAUAGAGAGCAGGAUAUGUCAAACACUACAUUAUAUAGAUCAUGUACCAAGCUGUCAUUGUGAAAACCUGUUGCCUGUUUCACCACGGAGAUCUGCUCCAAGUCAAAUGAAUGCGUGUUAUAAAAUUUGACGUCUGAUUUACUGAAGGCUUGCGUGUUCUAAAAUACCUGUUUGCUCACACUCAAACACAUACAGAUCACAAUGGACACGCAAGAAAUGCAGGUCCCCACUGGAAUUCCGGUCCAACACUGGACCGGCUGUAGCAAUCGGAAUGCAUCAGGUGAAAGCAGCAUUUGCUAUUACAAUGUAAUGAUGUUUAUUAUGAAGUUUGUAGUGGAGCAUCAGAUACAAACGCUGAUAUCAAAAGUGUGUUUGAAUUAGCAGACCAUAGAUCAGUGUUCAUGAGGCCUUCAUAUUGGCUUGUAGAGAAGAGUGGUCACGUACUUCUUCUUGUAUCGGUGUGUGGCGCUGAGAACCAUCACGCCGUCCUGAAACACAACAACAGGGAAAACAUAGAAGCUCAGAGGAGAGCAGCGUGGGAGACUCAGCGACAGCAGGCAGCGAGGGCGCAGAGGAAACAUGCGUGUGGCACCUUG